UAGGUGUGUGGUGGAGGGGUGGAGUCAUAUAUUCUCCCAUUGGGUGACAGUCUAGACAGGCGUAGUAGCCAGAUUAGACUACUACCGUUACCGAAUACAGAAAACAGACUGAGGGCUAUUGGGGAGCCGGGAGCGCCGCAGCAGCAGCUUGGCUCCACCUGUCCUCCAUUUCUGGUCCACACUGGAUGUGGGGUACUGACUAAUACAACGCGAGUUUUGUGUUCUGGUCCAAUGGAGGCAGCGGUACUGAACCCCAUGAUAAUGACCGAGGUGGACUGCAACAGCAACACCCUGAACGCCGAGUUGGAGGUGAGGAAGCUGCAGGAGCUGGUGCGGAAACUGGAGCGGCAGAACGAGCAGCUGCGGACCCGGGCGAGCGGAUGCACAGGCGGCCCCUAUGUGCUGUCUCCAACCCAGGUGUGCGUGCUCGGGAGCGCCGGUGGAUACUGCCUUCCCAGUCCGCUGCCCACACUGCUGUGCCAGUCGUCCUUCGGGUCAUUCGCGUCCCUGGAGGAGCCUUUCGACUAUUUCCAACCGCACACCGCUGGGGAUGGAGUGGCUGCUGCGUGGGAGGCGGAGGAUGAAUCCGAGCCUUCGGUUCUGGAUGAGCUGGAGCUCUUGGACUUAGAUUCACUGUGCUUCUCUGAGUCUGAUGAAACAUGGUAACUGUCUGGUAACUGGUAGACACUUUCAACCAUUUGUUGCUUUUUGCAGAAGCUUUUUUUCUCACGAGUAAUGUCUGCAAAGGCCAUAGUUAUGCUUCUCUUGUAAUUUGCGCCUAAUUGUCUUGUUGUUUGUGGAUGUAAACCUUGUCACCAGCCUGUCCAGGCUACUGCAACAUCAAAACAAAGGCUCACACCUCGGAACUUAAUUAGGCAACUGAGAGAAGAGGCCACUUGUUACAAACGUGUAAUCAGUGCAAAGCUGCCACUCUUUGUAUCUGUGAUGGAGAUAAAGUCAUAAUUUGUCGUUUUCUGGAUGCUUAUACAUUAGUGCUGUAGAACUACACAAGGAAUCGAGGGGUAGACCCAAACAUCAGUGGUGGCAUGAUGUAGCUAUGACCUGUAAAACCAAACGGAUAGUUCUGCUUAAAGUGUUUGGUGGGGGAACUUGCAGAGAAAUACUCAAGUACUGUUUUGAUUCGGUAUGAUCUCUUGUUCUUCUUUUAACAAUGUAACAGUAGAGGACAAAUCAAACAGCAUUGUUGCAAUACAUUUCUACAUUUAUGAAGGUUAUAAUGUUGAAACUGUUUGAGGGGCUGAUUCAACUUUUUUGCUGUUGAAGUGUCCUGGAUCACACUGGGGAGUUUCUAAUAUUUUGUCCACUUCAUUUAUAUCAGGGAGGGUAGUCAACCGAAUGCAAACACAGUAGAUCAAAGUGAUCUAAGAGUCAAAAGUGGCUUAUUCUGCACUGCCUUGCAUUCAAACUCAUUAUUUAUUUACGGUUUUCAGAUUGCAGGUGCUGUGUUUCGGAAGAGUAAGUGAGGUGUGCUUUUAUGUGCAUCCUGUCUUCUUCAGGUCAGACUCUCACCUGAUGUCAGUGAAGGUUUUAAUCUAUAAUUCAGAUCUCAAUGAGGUCACUGAAAAGCAGUCAUGGAGGAGUACUGCAGGCUGUCAGAAUAAUGUGAUCCACUCCAGGUGAACAGAGUGGCUCCCUUUCUUCCUGAUAUCUAAAAGCUUAAUAUCAGCUUAAGCCAGGAGGAGAGAUUUUUCUAAGUCGGCCACAAAGAAAAGAGUCUGUAGUGACUUGUCAGGGACUGCAUGGAGAGAGGUCUGCAGUAGGCUAAUUAUUGGACAAAUUGGUUAUACUGCAAAAACACCAC